UGUAUGUAAGACUCAUUAAGGGAUAAAUGUUGAGCAUAUCAGCAAAAUAUAAGGAAUCAGUGGGAAUUUAACUACCGGCAACCAAAGAAGCUAGUCCUUGUCAGUGGGUCUGGAGUCAGAACUCUGCAAGAAGACUUCUAUACAAAGCAGUUUCCUGGAACCCUUAGUCGGCGUCUUAGAGUUGGCUUCUUGAUUUGAAAGGUGACAUGUCAGCAGCAGUGCCAAAUGUUACAUUGAAAAUUGAUCCUCAGGAUCUUCAGAUCCAGACAUUUACAGUGGAGAAGCUGUUGGAACCAUUGAUAAUUCAGGUUACCACAUUAGUGAAUUGCCCACAAACCCCUUCUAAUAAGAAAAAAGGAUGUUCCAAAAGAGCCCGUGUCCUCUUAGCUUCUGUGGAAAAAGCCACUUGGAAUCUAUUGGACAAAGGAGAGAAAAUUGCUAAGGAAGCCAUUGUAUUUAAGGAGGAACUUAAUGCAGCACUUAAUGAUGUUCGUAAAGAAAGUGAAGCUUUAAGUGCAUCAGCAAGGGAAUUUACCAAUGAUCCCUGUUAUCUGCCUAAAAGGAAAGCUGUUGUUCAAGCAGCACGAUUCCUUCUGGCUGCUGUCACUAGACUUCUGAUUCUGGCAGACAUGAUUGAUGUGGUUUACCUAUUGCAACAUUUAACAGUGUUUCAAAGAACAUAUGAGUCUCUACGAAACGUGUCUAGUAAAUCUGAACUACAGAAAACCUACCAGAAGCUUGGGAAAGAUCUGGAAAAUCUAGAUUAUUUGGCCUACAGACGUCAACAGGAUUUGAAAUCUAGCAAUCAACGAGAUGAAAUUGCAGCAGCACGUGCUUCUCUGAAGGAAAAUUCGUCUCUUCUACAUUCAAUUUGUUCAGCUUGUUUGGAACAUUCAGAUGUUGCAUCCCUUAUAGCCAGCAAGGACUCAAUUUGCAAUGAAAUACAGAGCGCUCUCAAUGUCAUUUCUAAUGCUUCUCAAGGAAUUAGAAAUCAAAAGGUUCAUCCUACGUCUCAUUCAGCUAUGCUAGGAAGUGCACUUGAUGAGCUUGAGAGUUUAAUCAUAUUGGAUCCACUUACAAUGAAUGAAGAAAAAAUAAGGCCAUCACUAGAAAAACGUUUGGAAGGUAUUAUCAGUGGGGCAGCACUGUUAGCUGACUCUUCCUGCACGCGUGACUUUCAUCGAGAACAAAUAAUCGCAGAGUGCAACGCCAUCCGCCAAGCUCUACAAGAUCUUCUCUCUGAAUACAUGAAUAAUGCUGACAAGAAAGAAGAGAGUAAUGCCCUGAAUAUUGCAAUAGAUAAUAUGUGCAAGAAGACAAGAAACCUUCGUAGACAGCUUCGGAAAGCUAUUAUAGAUCAUGUCUCAGACUCCUUCUUGGAUACCACUAUUCCACUUCUAGUUCUCAUUGAGGCUGCUAAAAAUGGAAGAGAAAAGGAAAUAAAGGAAUAUGCUGCUAUAUUUCAAGAACACACCAGCAGGCUUGUGGAGGUGGCUAAUCUUGCUUGUUCACUAUCAACUAAUGAAGAUGGAAUUAAAAUUGUCCAAAUGGCAGCUAAUCGCAUAGAGACUUUGUGCCCACAGGUUAUUAAUGCAGCUUUAGCUCUUGCUGCCAGACCAAAAAGCCAGGUGGUAAAAAACAGCAUGGAAAUAUAUAAGAGCACAUGGGAGAAUCACAUACAUGUUCUUACUGAAGCUGUGGAUGACAUUACAAGCAUUGACGAUUUUCUUGCUGUAUCAGAAGGCCACAUUCUGGAGGAUGUAAACAAGUGCAUCCUUGCACUGAGAGAACAGGAUGCUGAUGAUUUAGAUCGUGCAGCUGGUGCCAUCCGAGGGCGUGCUGCAAGGGUGGGUCAUAUUGUCUCUGGUGAAAUGGAUAGUUAUGAGCCUGGGGUUUACACUGGAGGAGUAAUGAAAAAAGUUCAGGACUUGACAAAUACUGUGAUUCCAGAGUUUGUUACUCAAGUCAAUAUUGCACUGGAGGACUUAAGCAGGAACAGAAUGCAUCAGUUUGAUGACAAUCAGUUUGUGGAUAUCUCAAAGAAGGUCUAUGAUACAAUUCAUGACAUCAGAUGUUCAGUCAUGAUGAUUCGGACGCCAGAGGAAUUGGAAGAUAUAUCGGACCUUGAAGAAGACUAUGAUGCACACAGUCGUACCAGUGUUCAAACUGAAGGGAAAACUGACAGGGCUAAGAUGACUCAACUGCCAGAGGCUGAAAAAGAAAAGAUAGCUGAGCAAGUGGCUGACUUCAAGAAAGUCAAAAGUAAGCUUGAUGCAGAGAUUGAAAUAUGGGAUGAUACCAGCAAUGACAUCAUUGUUUUGGCUAAGAGGAUGUGUGUGAUUAUGAUGGAGAUGACAGACUUCACAAGAGGUAGAGGCCCACUGAAGAAUACAUCUGAUGUGAUUAACGCAGCAAAGAUGAUUUCAGAGUCUGGAUCCAGGAUGGAUGUGCUGGCACGACAGAUUGCCAACCAGUGUCCAGAUCAAUCAUGUAAACAGGAUGUAUUGGCUUACCUGGAACAGAUCAAGCUCUAUUGUCACCAGCUCAAAAUCUGCAGUCAAGUUAAAGCAGAAAUCCAGAAUCUCAGUGGAGAGCUCAUCGUGUCUGCUUUGGAUAGUGUCACUUCACUAAUUCAGGCUGCCAAAAACUUAAUGAAUGCUGUGGUGCAGACAGUGAAGAUGUCCUAUAUUGCCUCCACUAAGAUCAUCAGAAUUCAAAGUCCUACUGGCCCACGACAUGCUGUUGUGAUGUGGAGGAUGAAAGCUCCAGAAAAGAAGCCCCUGAUUAAAAGAGAGAAGCCAGAGGAAAUCUAUGCAGCUGUCAGAAAAGGUUCUGCUAAGAAAAGGAUCCAUCCUGUUCAAGCUAUGAGUGAAUUUAGAGGGAGAGAAAUAAUCUAAAAUUACUAUUCUGCCACUGUGCACAUUUCAUACCUUGCAUCUGCUCAUAUGACAUCUUUAUUUUUCCACCUGUUUAAUUCUAUAAGUAUGCUAAUGUUUGGAAAUUCUCUUCUUUUUUAUGUUUAACAUUAACUGUAGGGUAUUUCAUCUUUAAAAAAAGAUAUUUAAAAUGCAGAUUUGAUUAGUUAAUGGUACACAAUUUAAAAUAAUCUUUUAAAAAUCAUCUUAUUUUAUUGCUCACUCUCCUUACAAUGCCUUUUUUUUCCUUUUUUUUUUUUGCAGCUGAGCAUUUUGAAUGAUAGGUUAGGAUGCUGUGUUAUAAUAAGAGUUAGCUUUCAUGUAACUGAAAGGCAAGGAACAAGGAGUCAAAUUCAUCCCUGGUGCAACUCUUGACUUCAGUGGGGUUACACCAGAGAUGAAUGUGGCCUGACAGUUUUAUAUGCAGAGCGCUUUACGACAUACAGGCUUCUGUGGGUAGUGUAUAUUGGGCCACCUCCUUAGCUGGCAUAAAUCAAAGGAACUGUUCUGAGUUACACCACACAGGGAUCUAGCACAUUCACUUAUCUAAAUUGAAAGACAUUUUGAAAGAUUUUUUUCAUAAACGUUAGGUAUAAACAAAAAUGGAAUAAAAGUUUAAAAAUAUUUGGCAGAACAAAAGGUGGAUUGUAGCAAUGUAAUAAUAAAAUAGAGCUGGUUGUAAUGAAACUAUAGCAAUAGUAAUAACUCAAGUUUCAAAGAUCUCUUUCAAUUUUAAAUAUUAAUCCACAUUCUGCUUCCUGGCCUGCUCUAUGAUUGUUACUCAUCUUCAUAAAUCCUAAUAAAUCUGGUGAUAACUAAAUUAUUUUAGAUUAUUUUGUUAAAAGAUAGAGGAAAAAAAAGAAAUCAUGUUAAAUCAUGGAGAAACAUAUGACUAGUCCUGACAUCAAAGAGAGGUGCAAACGUUCAGGAAGUACCCUAUAAAUAUCAGUCUUUGCAAGAUAACUGCAGUGGAUUAAAUUGACCAUGGCACCGCAGUCCCAAACAGCACAACUGUUCUAGGUGGUAGCCAGCUUGCUAAAUUACUAUUACAGUAUAUUUCAAAGUAUGUCAUGAAGCUAAUAGUUACUUAGGUGCCUAAAUACCUUUGAAAAUCUGGGCCUAACUCACAUGGAUCUAGGGAGGUGGCUAAAUGUCUUUGAGAAUCUGGGCCCGUGUGGCUACAGAGAUGAGAUGAAAGAGGUAAGGGGCGGCUGGAACAAGCUUGCCUCGCCACCCCCACAAAGCGUUUAAUGGUGUAAAGAGCAGCCCAUAGAGUUUAGCAGGGUGAAUGGGCACCUGCCAUUCCUUGUAGUUCUAGUGAGAAGGGGCUCAGCUGUAUUGGACAUUCUUGGAGUUUUGCCUUUUGGAACUCAAACCUCCAACUGGUAUUUCAGGUUCUCUUCCAGUCCCUGAGAGCAGAACGGUACAAGGUUAAGUUUGUGCAUCUACCACCAGGGGUCACACAGACAUAGGCAUUGUCUUUCAAUAAAGACAUGCAUUUGUUAUGGGUCACUUUGGUAUCAGAUGUUUGUGAUUAUUGCAUUAAUCAUGACUUCAGGGAUCAUAUUAAUAAAAAGCAUGUGGCACACCCCUAAGAGGAUUACUCAGAUUUUGUGUGUCCUGAUUAAAGUCUCCAGUACUAGUCACAUGUGGAAUAGAUGUUGAGUCACUUUAUACACAGCACGCUCACAACUAUACACCACACUGAAAUUAAAAACAUGGCCUGAGACGGUUGCAUGAAAGCGAGUUUACAAAAAUUUCUAAUGGGAAACCUGGCAACUUAACUUCAGAUUAAAAACGCUCUUAUUGUUAGCGAAAACAGAUGUUGAAACCUUAGGGCCAGAUUGUACCUACAAUCCCAUCUCAUGUUGGAGGCUCUAGGAGAAGCUCUGAAAGGCACUGUGCCUCAAAAGCCUUAUGGCAGGACAGCCACACUACCACCCUUUAGGAGAGGGCACUGUGCUGUUUCCCACAGAACUAUUGCUUCUCCUCCCUCUACCCAUUUGCGGUAACUAGAGCCUACAGAAACACUAGCAGGGAUCAGUCCUUGUACUAGAAAUGAUGGAUGAUACCUCUAGGGUGUGGGAAGAGAGACAAAAAUCUCCUCAUGUCCUCCCAAUUUGCAUACCUGCAUUGUAGCCAUUCACCAUCUGGCCCUUUCUAUGCUCUUGCAACCCUACCAAUCCUAGUAUGUUUAAAGAAAAGGAGUUUUAAAAAAAGAAUAUGUUUUCACUGCUUAUUUUCCCACCAUAGUGUAAGUCCAUGUUUGCUGGUAUGCUUUACUUUUGAAAUAGACAGGCAGUAUGCCCACACAUGCUUAAUAAGAAGAGCAUCAUGGAUCAAAGAUUGGCACGUGUAUUUAUAGACUGCAAGUACCAAAAAGAGAUGGGUUUUUA